AGAUGCGGAGCCGUUUUGGCGCAAUUUUUGUUAAUUCGACAGCAUGCCUCCUGCUCGAUCAUGUCUGACUCCACUCUUGGAAGGGCCAGGGUCUGAUGUAAGCACUUUGACUCCCCACCAUUCGGCUGAUUCAGAUUCGAUGUCUGAUCUUGAAAGCGAUGACGGCAUGGAGCCGGUGAAGUCAGUGACUGGAAAAGGUCUGGGUCCAUUGCCACCAGCCGAGCCAUUUGGUUGGGAAACGUUCAAGGCUAUUUAUUGUCCACCUCCACCACUUUGGGAAGACGCAACUAUGGAGGCCUUGCUCCAAGCAACCUCGAACGAGGAGAUGAUGGCUUGGAAGAAACUCUUUGUUUUCUACACCUUAGUGGUUGAUUUGAGUGAGGACGCCAAAUUUUUGUAUGAAAACCACUGGCCCGAGUUGCACGAAGUAAAGUUUAAGGAGCUCAAGGGCCUGCUUUGGAAUGAAAUUCGUUCGCAGAACAAGGCAAUCAAACGCCGACGCAUUGCUUAGAUUGCGCAGAGGCAUGUGGCCGUAAACAGACAAACGCAACUGUUUGUGGCUCUUUCAAUGCCAAUUUUCCUGGUGCGCCAGAAGCAUUUUACACACGUUGCUGUCGAAAACAAUUGUGUGCAAAUCAUGACUAUGCAGCGAC